CUCAAUUGAGGCGCGUUGAUGAACACACAGAGUCCCGCUCGCAUUGCGAACGGUCAAACAUUCGGACACAAUCCACUGAGAGAUCUCUCUCUCCCCUCACGAAGAAAACACCGUUGAAUGGACGAGACGACGUGCGCUCACUCAUGGCACGACACAAAGAAGCUGCUGGCUGGUGUGACCAAGAAACACCACUACAUGAGUCAGACAGACGUUGCGUUGCUUACCAACAAAGCGUGACUACCGCCCUCACUCCCUGCCUGUGGCCUUCCUUCUACCCCCCUCCCGGCCUGCCUGCCUGCCUGCCAGUGUGCUCUGCCUGAUUAGAACAGUAACAGAGAGUCGAGUAUGGUUGGUAAGUAUGUUACACCCACCCACUACCCACUCACAUCAACAAGGGAGGGACUGCCAUCCCAGCCACCCCACCCUCCCCGCCUUCCCUCGAUCACCCCUCGCCCCAGUCAAGUCAGCACCGCACAUAGACGAACAGGUGCCCAUCGUCUGUCUUGGAGAUGCGCAAGUCGUCAUCAACGUACAGCGUGCUGUACUUGACCGACGGCAGAGACCCUCCCAGCGCCCCUCGCAUCAGAGCUCCCCACGGUAUGCGAAUCUGCGUUCAGUAAACCAACCAUAUGCGAGCCGCACGUGCGGCCUUCCCCCCCCCCCUCUCUCUCUCUCUUACAUACCCGUCUGCCCAGCAUUGGGAGGACGUUAGCGUCACGGACAUAUGUUGACAAGAGCUGCAGAGCCAUGUCGUUUGCUGAGCCGCCCUUGACAGGCCGCACAUCGGCUGAUGAAACCACAGUACCCUUCACAGCCAUCGGCAGACCGGGCAAAAGACCGACAGCAAGGUCCACUUCGGACACCUUCACAAAAACAGCACAUACACAGAGCAGUGCGUGUCCGGCUGGCUAGAUGUCUGCGUGUUCUGUGUGUGUCCGUACCAUUUUGCCGUCGGCGACUUUCUGCCGCACCCGACCGAUCUCCGACACUCGCGUUUGCAACCGAUGGAGAUCGAAGAGGCUCUCGGCCUGCGGCAAUGCAGUAGCACUUCCGAAGAGACGGCGAAGCGUCAUCCAGAAAGGGCUCUGCCGGAACAGCUGCACAUCGCCGUAGAGCAGCUCCCACGUCCCGUCGAUAUUGGCAUCGCCGCCCUCCUUCCCGUUGCCGUCAGCCGCCAUGGCCGCCAGGGAGCUGCAGAUGUCGUUCACCAUUUCUUUCUCAUACGGCUUCGCCAGCUGGCCGCGGCUGGUUCUCGCGGCGAUAAGGAAGAGCUCCCUCUUGAGCUCGUCGACCUGCGUCUUGUCAAGGGUCACCGCGGCCUCCCUGUUGUUGUUUGCAGCAUCGUCGUCGGAUAUGUCUAUCUCGGAGGGGAACGUGUCUUCCACAGUCGUUGUGAGCACCGGUGAGGCAAUAGCAUCGUCUGCGCGACUUGAGAGCGUCCGGGUGGUCGAAUGCCGUGUCCCCUGAGGCCCGAAAGACGACGAUGGCCGUGCAGGGAGGAUGAAAGCCGAUGUGAGGAUCGAGGAAAGCAAGAAAAGAGCAGUGCCAAGGAGGAAAGGCAACAUGACAGGGAAGCAGCCGCUCGUCAG